AGGAGACAACAGCUUGCUUGUCACAGAUGGAGUAAGAAAAUGGCGGGAGGUGCUGAAUUGACGAGGAAAUUAUCACGUUAUUUCAGUAUUUAUGCUCUUUUGAUUUUGAUAUUCUUUAUUCAGAUAUGCCUAGCUUUGUAUGAAGAUCAAGUAGAUUUAUUCGAUUGGCGGCAGCAGUAUGUUGGUAAAGUAAAAUUUGCAUAUUUUGAUCAGUAUUCGCACAACAGCAGACGUGCUUGGGUGGCGACUCAUUCAAAUGUAAUAGCAGCUUUAAACGCUCGAACUGGCUCAAUAAUAUGGCGAAAGGUAUUUGAAGAAAAGAAUGGAAAAGUCGAUUCAUUACUACAUCAUGCAAACGCGUUGAUUUCUAUCUCAGAAUGCGGUAAGAGAAUUAGAUCUUGGGAUCCCAACAAAGGACAUUUGCAAUGGGAAGCAGUAAGUGAAAUCCAGAAGGUUUCUAGCCAUCAUAACGACAUCAAGGGAAUGCCAGAAUGGGGUGCUGCUCUUGUUGGUAGAAAAGGUAUUCAUUCAACGCCAGGUGUUGCAGUUUUGUUUGGGAAUGUUGUUCGUGUACAUGGACUGAGGGAUGGGUCGGUGUUGUGGAGUUGGAAAGCUGAUAUAAGUGAAAGUGAUUAUUCUGAUAGCUCAUGUUUAGCAAUGCUUGUAGAUGGUGAUAAUCUGUAUGUGCUUAUAAAGAAGAACCAGAUUAUACUUGAAAUAGUAACACUUGAUAUUGACUCUGGUAAUGUUCAGAGUAGGGUUCCAGUGGCAGCUAAAUGGCUUAGCCACAGCUCAAUAGAGUGUAUUUUUGUAGCAAGGACAAAUCUAGUUUGUCUUGAUGUAAUGAAUUCAAACCUGAUGGUGAUGGAUCUGGGUUUGUCUGCAGAUGGAAUGUCAGAAAUUCCACUGAGCUCCUUAAAUAAUGAUGAAUUGACACAACAAGCAAGUCUUAACAGCCUUGGGGACAAUUUCCAGGAAGAAAAAUUCAUUUUAGCUUUGGAUAAUAAAACCCAGAAUCUUAUAGAAAUAGCCAAAGAUAGCAAGUCAGUUUCUAUAGUUCAUUCAUUUCCCAGUAAAGCUUAUUUAAAAUCAUCAGCAUCAUCUUCAAGUAAUAUACUUGUGUCCCUUGUUCCUGAAGGGGUAAAUUUGAAGGUACAGAUUUUUGACUUGAGUAACUUCAAAGAAUUAACAAAACUAAGUCAAGAUGUCAAACUUGAUGGGUAUCAUGGGGCCCCAGAGUUUGGAGCAAUCUAUGUUUUUUCAAAGAAAGAUAAUGAACUUGGCUAUAAACUGAUUAUUGCCUUUGAAGACCACGCAUUAUGUCUGCUUCACCAGUCAGGAUCAAUUUUGUGGAAGAGAGAGGAGGCAUUGGCUGGUAUCACAUCAGUUGAGAUGAUUGAGUUACCAGCUGCAACUUCAGCUUCAAAACUAGAGCUUCUUCAUGAAGAAUUUGCUGCCCUACCAAAUGCUGGAAUUCUGUCAAUGUUUAUCAGAAGAGUUAAAGUCCAACUGAAACAACUUGAAGUUUUUACAGCAAGUUUGAAGAAGCGAAAGCAAUUUGAUUAUCAAGGCAACAACCAAAAAGAAACCAACGAUGACCUAACAAGAGAUCAAUUUGGGCUUCACAAAAUCAUAGUUGCAGUGACCGAAUCUGGGAAAAUUUUUGGCUUGGAUACAACAAAGGGAAGCAUAAUCUGGAGUCGAUUCUUGCCGGACUUUUCACCCUACCACUUGCAAGAUGGAGAACGAACCAUGCUGUUUGUUCAGAGGGGCACGGCUCAUUUUCCUCUUCCACCCCAGUGUGUAGCGGUGGGAAAGAAGAAAUCUGGCACAGGAACCCUGCUGUAUGCAUUCAACCCCCUAACUGGAAAACCAGCGGACAAACGAUACCCAGAUGGCCUUGUCUUCCCAUAUGAUAUUGUGCAGGUUUCUUUACUGCCAUUAACAGAUGAAAAGUUUUCAAAAGCCAUCCUUCUAGUUGAUGACAAUUUGAAGCUACAUAUUUUCCCAGAAACAUACGAGUCAGUGGCCCAUUUACGUGAGAAAAUCAGCUCAAUUUACCUACACCUUAUCGACCACGCAACAAACACGGUCAAGGGCUACAUCCUCAAGGAUGAGAAUGGCAACGGGCACGGAGCAGCCAGUGUUAACGAGGCCUGGUCUGUCAAGUUUCCGGAUGACCAAAAUAUCAAGAAGAUCGCCUACAAAAGACUAGAUGAACACGUUCACUCUGUUGGAAGGGUUCUUGGAGAUAGAAGCGUGUUGUACAAGUACCUGAACCCGAAUCUGAUCGCAUUUGCUGCUGUGUCUGAUGUUGCCCAAAAACCGUCCACCUUCAUUUAUAUUGUCGAUGGUGUAACAGGCCAAGUUGUUUAUCAAGCAAGACAUCGCAGUGCUAAAGGCCCUGUACAAAUGGUGCUGUCUGAAAACUGGCUUGUCUAUUUAUACUACAAUGUGAAAGCAAGGAGGACAGAAAUGUCUGUCAUUGAGAUGUUUGAAGGAUUUGAGGAAAGGAACAGUACGGCAUUCUCAUCUCUGGACUCUUUAGACCAACCACUUAUCUUGUCACAAGGCUACCUUCUCUCAGUAACCCACGUUAGCUCAAUGGCAGUAACCAAUACAGAGCGGGGCAUCACACACAAGAACUUGCUGCUUGCUCUCGAAAGUGGGUACAUCUACACGAUUCCCAAAAACAUGCUAGAUCCUAGAAGAACGUUUGAGCAGACAGCAGAGCUUGCAGAGGAGGGCCUCAUGCCAUAUGUCCCCGAGGUACCCCUCCACCCAAUGGGAUACAUCAACUACAACAAAACAGUUGACAAGGUCCGUGGAAUUCACACGGCUGCGGCUGGUUUAGAAUCAACAUCGCUUGUUCUUGCAUAUGGCCUUGAUUUGUAUUUCACCCGCGUCACCCCGUCACGAAAAUUCGAUGUACUGAAGGAAGAUUUUGAUUAUAUUUUCAUAUCGGGUGUCCUGUCAGCCUUGAUUCUUGGGACGAUUAUAUCAAGCAAGCUAGCCUCAAUUCGAAAACUAAACCUCUCUUGGUUGUGAUGAUCUUAUCAUGUGACUUUCAGAGGGAUGCUGGUUGGCUAGAGAAGUUUUUGCCAGAAUAUUGCCCUGAAUGUGGAUAUUUGUGAGCCCUUAAUUGUUUUUGUGUCUAUUCUGAAAAACACUGUUAAGAUUUGAUAUUUAAGGAACGCUGUUGAUAUCAAGUGUUAGACUGUUAAAAUCUUGAUUUGUUUAAUGUUGUUUGAAUGAAGUUUUUGCAGAGCCCUAAUCAAGAUUUUAUGAACAUGGAAACGAUUUUAUGAUUAGCAAUGUCAAGUAGAUAUCCUAA